CGUCUCCUACCCACGUUCCGCCCCACCCCAACCGGCAACCGCCACUUGCCCGCACGCCGCCCGCCAUCCCCGCGCCGCUACUCCCCCACCACCCCACCGUGAGCGCGCCCGCGGAAGACGCGCUUCCGCGGCAUCCUCCGCCGCCCAAUGCUGCUCCUCCGCCACAGGCCCACAGCCCAGGAAUAGGCAGCUCCGGUUGAUGGAUGGGCGGCCUCAUCCGCUGGCUCCGUCACCACCGCUCCCGCCGCGUCUCCUCCUCUUCCUCCUCCCACCUGCCCAGUAAUACCACCUCCUCCUCCUCCACCAGCGACCUGCGCGCCCACUCGCUCCCGCAGCACCAGGGCGACCACCACGGCGAGGUCGUUGUCGAGUGGGAGGACGCCGCCGAGGGCCCCGACUCCGACCCCGAGGAGUACAUUGUCGUCGUGUUGGGGGACGACGAGCAGGGCGUUGUAGCAGCACGCGCGCCGGUGCGCACCAAGCCGCCUCGCGUCAUGGAUCCGGGCAAGAAGACCUCGGAAUCCGAGUUCUUCACGGAGUAUGGUGAAGCAAACCGGUAUAAGGUCAGUGAGGUUAUUGGCAAAGGGAGUUAUGGUGUUGUGGCCGCUGCUGUCGACACCCAGACGGGUGAACGUUGUGCGAUCAAGAAGAUCAAUGACGUCUUUGAUCAUGUCUCUGAUGCCACCCGCAUUCUUAGGGAGAUCAAGUUGCUCCGGCUGCUGCGUCACCCGGACAUAGUUGAGAUUAAGCACAUUAUGCUGCCUCCUUCAAGGAGGGAAUUCAGGGACAUAUAUGUAGUCUUUGAGCUGAUGGAGUCGGAUCUCCAUCAGGUAAUAAAAGCGAACGAUGAUCUCACACCAGAGCAUCACCAGUUCUUCUUGUAUCAGCUGCUCCGUGGAAUGAAGUACAUUCAUACAGCGAAUGUUUUCCAUCGCGAUCUUAAGCCCAAGAACAUUCUAGCCAAUGCUGAUUGCAAGCUGAAGAUCUGUGAUUUUGGCCUUGCCCGGGUGUCAUUUAAUGAUGGGGCCCCAUCAGCCAUAUUCUGGACGGAUUACGUGGCAACUAGAUGGUAUCGUGCUCCAGAACUGUGUGGCUCAUUUUUCUCGAAGUACACUCCUGCGAUUGAUAUUUGGAGCGUUGGAUGCAUAUUUGCUGAAAUGCUUACAGGGAAGCCACUCUUUCCAGGGAAGAAUGUUGUGCAUCAAUUGGAUCUGAUGACUGAUCUACUUGGCACUCCUUCAGCAGAAUCCCUCUCUAAGAUACGGAAUGAAAAAGCUCGGCGAUACUUGAGCAAUAUGAGGAAAAAGCCUAAAGUUCCGUUAACUAAAAAAUUUCCAGGUAUCGAUCCCAUGGCUCUCCAUUUGCUGGAGCGUCUUCUUGCCUUCGAUCCUAAGGAUCGGCCAAGUGCUGACGAGGCCCUGACAGAUCCGUACUUUACUGGAUUAGCAAAUUCUGAACGUGAACCCAUAACACAGCCUAUCUCAAAACUUGAAUUUGAGUUCGAGAAGAGGAAAUUGGCCAAAGAUGAUGUACGAGAAUUAAUUUACAGGGAGAUUUUAGAGUACCAUCCUCAUAUGUUGCAAGAAUACCUACGCGGAGGAGGAGACCAGAUGAGCUUCAUGUUUCCUAGUGGGGUGGAUCGCUUUAAGCGGCAGUUUGCUCAUUUGGAAGAAGGUGGCGCAAAGGGUGAAAAAUCCAGUCCACAGCUGCGGCAGAAUGCUUCCUUACCAAGGGAAAGAGUAAUUGGCAAUAAGCAUGGAGAUGGUGACUACAACAUGAAGCUGAAUGUAGGUGAGAAGCCAGAACUUGCAUCAGUGUCAGAUGGAAUAAGCAAACCACUCAUGAGUGCGCGGAGCUUGUUGAAAAGUGAAACCAUGAGUGCUUCCAAGUGCAUAGGUGAAAUAAAAAAUAAAGAUGAGGAUUCCCUUUCGGAGUGUGUGGAGGGAACAGAUGAUGAUGUCUCGCAGAAGAUUGCUCAACUGAAAACCUGAUUUUUCCAAGGUCAAGGAAGCAAUCAUAGUAUAAACUAUGUACAACAGCAUGUCUAUAGGUGCGCAAGAUCAGAAUGAUCUUUAAUUGAAGCCAAGAUUCUAUACAACCAAUAAGACCACACAGUCUGUUAUGGUAACUCUGUUGUACUGUAAAUUUGAUCUACUCGUUUUUUGUACUUUGUCAAGAACCAUGUCUAACCGACAAACCAGUUCCUUGUCCUAUCCUAGGAGGAGCUACCACAAUCCUGUACAAUUUUGACAAUACGAAGUACUCUCCCUAUAUCCUAUUAUUGUGAUCUUGUAAACCCUUUACAAUCAGUGAUGCUCUUGGUCACUAUUUCUAUACAA